GACCCACCGACAAUAAUGACCCCCUAGGGGGACAACUGUUCUCGUGAUUUCAUUGGUUGAGAGACGGUAGUCUCACGGGAACCAAACGCCCCACUAUUCGUCGGAAUCGUCGGAAUAAGUUCUCACAAAUUCGUCAGUAAAUGCGAGGCUUCCGUUCCAGUCUCUAUCACUCGUUUAUUCGUGCAACGAUAACUCGCACGUCAUUAGGACGAUCUGUUAUUUUUUUUUUCUGUGGAUUAAUUAGAAGGAGUACACCUUGGGUUCAGUUGAAUUAUUUUUUUUUUAAUCUUGGAUUUGUGAAGGAGGGGUGUCAAGAUGCCGUUGAGCAUCAAGGUUAACCUCCGGGUAACCGGACACUGCAAUCAGGGCGGCAGAAAAUACAUGGAGGACAUGUUCAGUGUUGCUUACCAACAGACAUCUGAUGAUAAGGAUUUGGAGUAUGCAUUUUUUGGAAUUUUUGAUGGACAUGGGGGAUGCGAGGCCGCGACAUUCGCUAAGGAACAUCUCAUGGAUAUUAUUGUCAAGCAGAAGAAUUUUUGGAGUGACAAGGACGAGGAUGUCCUCAGGGCUAUACGCGAUGGUUAUGUUAAUACACAUUAUGCCAUGUGGAGAGAACUUGACAAAUGGCCAAGAACAGCAUCUGGCCUUCCCUCAACAGCAGGGACGACAGCCAGCAUUGCUUUCAUCCGCAAAGGCAAGAUCUACAUCGGCCACGUGGGCGACUCAGCGAUAAUUCUGGGUUACCAGGACGAAGGUGACCCGAAUUGGAAAGCUAGACCCUUGACAAAGGACCACAAACCUGAAUCAAUCCCUGAGAUGACUCGAAUCCAUGAAUCAGGAGGUAAAGUUGUCUCGAAAUCAGGUGUUCCCAGAGUGGUGUGGAAUCGUCCUCGAAUCGGUCACAAGGGCCCAGUUCGUCGUUCGACUCACAUCGAUGAAAUUCCAUUCCUGGCAGUGGCUAGAUCUCUGGGGGACCUCUGGAGUUACAACUCAGAACUGGACACCUUUGUCGUCUCCCCUGAACCUGACGUCAAGGUCGUGACAGUUGAUGUCAAGUCCCAUCGCUGUCUCAUUUUCGGUACCGACGGUCUCUGGAACAUGUUGACUCCAGAGAUGGCAGUUUCCCUGGUCCAACGAGCUGAAAGACACAACGAGAAGCACUUCAUCGCCUCUCAGCAAACUGGCAAUGGCACUGACACACAAAUGUGGAUAAAUCCAUCAAAAAGUCUUGUAGAUUCAGCCCUAGAGCGUUGGUCCUCCACUCGCCUUCGAGCUGAUAAUACUAGCGUCGUGACACUGAUGUUGGACCCACCUGGUCCAUCUCGAGGGGAAGUCCUUCUUUCUCGUAAAAAAGAUAAAAUGCCAGUACCAAAACCAGUCCUCCAAUCUCCCCCUCGUCCUUGUGCAUCGGUUUACCCAUACAUUCGCGAUGUAUGUAAAUCACCCCCUGGGCAGUCACAAGAACCCAUUGGUGUUCCUCAGAUCGUCACUCCUGCUCCUGAAGCGAUCCGAUCUGAUUGUAAUGAAGCUCUACCUCCUCAGUACCCUUCCUAUCCACCUCAAGCGUUUCCACAAGUUUCUCGAGAUAUUCCAGAGGUUUCCAAACCUCCAGAGACUCGGGUAUCAUCAUUUAAACCACCAGAAAUCAUUGAAGCUAACCCCGAGUCACCGAAAACCUCUGACGUCGUUCUGCAAUCGAUGAAAGCAUCGGAGACGUCUUCAAUUGUCAAUGAGGCAUUUCAAACACCUUCUGUUGAGCCUCUAAAGGUCCAGAAGUCAACGCCAGAAAAUUCGAAACCUUCAGAGCGCAUUCAGGUGGCGGAAAUCUCGUCAAGUGAUGCUGCAACCUUCCUGAAUGAUGAUAAUGUGGAAGACAAAGGGCCUCCUAUAGUUUUACCAGAGGAUUCAGAAUCAACAAAGCCAGAUUCUCCAUCUAAGGAUCUCACAAGCCCCUCGACGCAGAUUACUCCUCCAAAUCUAUCCACCAGGAAACCUCUAAAUUCUGCAAAUAAUCUCCAGAAAUUGCUGCUGUCGACGAAAGCGGAAAGCUUUAAAAUUACGAGGCAGAAUGAAUUCUCUGGGUCGUGUAACGAGUUGAAAAACGGCCCCAGACUGAGGAAGUCAACCCAAUUUGGGAUUCAGAGUUUCAAGGAAGUAUCUAAGACGUUGACUACCAGGAGGAGGACCCAUUCGACCAUUACAGAUAAAAGGACUCUGUUGAUUGCUAGAAAUGCGAAGAGGCGUACAGUUGUUGUUAACCAUUCACAGAUGAUGCCAGCAACGUCUUCGUCUAGGUUGGAGGGCAAAAGGGAAGCUGAGGGAGCGGAUUGUUUGAGAAACUCUAUUGAAUCCUCAGUGGAUCCUAUCAGGGAGGGAUCAGCUAAACGGAGGCACAGUUCGACGUUUGAAAGUGGAGAGGAAGAUCUUGAUGGCGGCCAGGAGCCCUGCUCCAAGAGGAGAACCAGGUCAGAGGACAGACGCUGCCCAAGGGAUGAAAAUGAUCCUGAUAAUCAGGGAAAGCAGGUGAUCAAGGAGCAGAGUAGAGUCAGUCGCCUGGAUAUCAACGACGAAGUCUAGAGAAAAAAGCAACGCCGGUGAAGACGAUCAGAAGACCAUCGAUCAAUGGAGUCAAUCGUGUCCAAUUGCGAGGGAGUUUUGCUCUGAGAGAUUCUCUCGGUCCCUGGGAUCAGUCGAAGAACUCGAGGAGAUCAACCUACGGGGAGAGGAGAAGUACUCCUCUCAGUAGAGGCAAUGGAGAAUCUUCUAACACACCACAGAUGUGGCUGAGAUCUGACACAAUAGCUGCGACACCAAUCAAAACAUUGAGAUCGAGAAAUGUUGAUAUCACUGGACAUACGGUGCCUCCGCAGGUUGCCCAUCAGUAUGGCAUUGUCAAGCAGAAUAGGAGUGUCGGGAGCAAGAUAACGAGUGGAGGAAAGGGAAAAAUCAAGCAGGGAACAAGCCUCGGAAGUGGUGGAAGCAGUGGAGGUGUUGGCGGAAGCGUCAGUGGGAUUGCUAAGAGAGUUAAGUCUGUUAGUCCUUAUAAUCCCAGUGCUAGAUCGCUAAACACGAGGUCCAGGCUAAAACGCCUAGGGAAAUAAUUUUUUAUUCAAAUUCUGAAUUAUUGCAUUAUUUUUAGUAGUGAAGGUAAAGAUGGAGUGGGAGUUGGAAUGGGUCUCGUUAAGAGGUAGGAGACGUUUUUCGAGGGUAUUUUAGAGUCUAGGUGUGAGUCACUGAGAUAAAAAUUAUUUCUAUUAAUUAAAUUGGCUUGUUAUAACUCAAUCAAUUUGACAGAAGUCAAUGGAUAUAAAUAUUUACAGUGGAAAAUUGAGGAUUUUCUUCUUUAUAGUAAAUUUAUUUGGUAGAAGUAAUUUUUUUUGCCAGUGGAGGAAUUCUUCGAAGAGCCUUAUUUGUAGGUGACUGCAAAAAUUGAAAUACGAUUGAUUUUUGGGAAUAGAAGAAAUUGAAUUUCGAGUGAAAUCGAAAGGAAAUUAUUUGAAAUUUUGGGUAAUCUAUUUUUGGGGGGAGGAUGAGAAGCUGCAAACCAGGUUCUGAUGGAAAUCUGGCUCUUACGGAUAAUGAAAUAUCCACCGGUAAAGAUAGUAAUAUUGGAUUUGUGAGGACUUCACUUCUGAAUUUUUUUUUUAAUUGUAGAUAAUUUCGUCCCUUCAGUUUGGUUCUUUUCUUGUUUAAGUAAUUCUUCGUUUUUCGAAUUCUAUCGAAUUUGGCGGCGUCUUUUUUAUUCACUGGAAUUUUUUGAGGGAAAAUUCUGAGUUAAGAAUUAUUGUACUUUUGAACCCUUGAUGUUCUUCCCGGGUAUGGAAUACAGUCCAAUUUCCAUAUUUUUUAUGUUGCGUGAAUUAGUUAAUUGUUGUGAUCAUAAAUAGUCAAAAAUCAAGGUUUUUCAUAUUAUUUUGUUUUUUUCUUGGGGAUUAACGACUAUUUUGAUGAGUAAAAAUUGAAAUUUGUCUCAAUGGCGCCAGAUUCUUUUUUAAUAACAACUCCAGAAUCAGUAGAGUUUAUAGGAAAAUAUCAUUAAAUUCUUUCAUAGCAGCAGUCAGCCUUGGGAUAAUAAAAAAAUUUCAAUUUCGUAAUUAUCUCGAUAAUGAAUGAUGCUAGGAAGAAAAGUGUUCAGAGACCUUUAUUUUAUUUUAGAUUACAAAAGGCUUUCCCAAAAGCGGUCUUUUGAUAUUUUCCUAUUAACGAACUGCUUCUGAAGAUAUAUACAAAUAAAUCUAGAAAUGAUCAAAAUAAUAAUUUCAUCAUGAAAUUCAAAUUUUGAUUUUAUGUUCUCGUCAGUGACACAAAUUUCAUCCUGAGAUUUCGAUUGGGAUCGAAAUAAUCGUAUUAUACCCCUAAAGAACAGAAUAAACAAUCAAAUUCGCAAUUUGUAAAAAUAGAGAACCAAACUUCCUAUGAAUUAACAAAUCAGUCUCAUCAUGAUCUUCUCAUUAAUCAAUGGCAAGUGAAAAAAACAAAUGGUUAAAUUCACUAAGUCGUCAUUACCGUCUUCCUUUCAAGUUUUGUUCAUAGUAAAGUGGUAAAACGGCCCAGAACAGAAUAAAACAGAUCCAUUUUUACAUUCCGUUAAUCAUGAAAUUAUUUUGGUAAUAAUGAGUGAGGAGAGGCUAUCGUGGGUCAUUUUAAAAGAAAAAUACCACUUUCCAUUUAAAAAGGUUCAUUGAAUUUUCCAUUGAGCUCGUUGAUUACCUAGAUUUCGCAACAACUAACAAAAUGUGAGGAAUGGAUUUGUUAUUUUAUCAUUUAAAUAUAAAUUUCUCACGUCAGGACUAAUGAUCAAUUGUCCGAGUUCUCUUCUUCAUUACCACUAAACUAAACUAAACUAAAUGAUUAAUAAAUUCGUCACAGAAUCGCCGCCUCUCUUUGAUGUUUAGACUGAUAUCAAUCUUGUUUUAUACUAUUUCUGAUGAACUUUCUAAUUACAGGGAUCCUCACUUAAAUUAUUUGAGAUAUAGAGAAGAUUGAAAAGAUAUCAAAAUUACCUAAAAUGUAAAAAAAAAAGAUUUAUAACAACACGUGCCUAUUAAGUUACCAAGCUGAGUGGCUAAUAAGCAAAAAAUGUGAAUUUGAAAAUUAUAAAGAGUAUAAAGAUAUAAAUGAUACCUCGAUAGUGUUUUACGUGUACAGAUGAGUGAAUUGAUAACAGAGCGAUUGGAUAAUUUGGGAAUGUCGAAUAUGUAAUGAAAAGAGAUAUGAACGUGUGGAUUCCGUGUUGAAGCGAUCAAAUGCAAUCAACAAGUGGCAACUCCAUGUCUACAAUAACUAAUAAUAAUUGUUAAAUUUGGUGAUAAGACAUUUUGGGAGAUAUUCUUAAUGGAUUUUUCUAGAAUUUGAUUUGGAGAGAAAAUACAUGUUGUUUAUCUUGAAAAACACUUGCUUCUGCGAUUACAUUUAUUCAUUUCAAUACUGAAUCUGUCACAUUACUUGAUUGAUUAAAUGGACAUGAACAAAUCACAUAUACAAUUUCAGAUUCAAUUAUCAUAGAGUGAUAUAUAGAUUAAAAUCUAUAUUAUUUGUACUAGAGAAGAAAUUAGAUCAAGUAUUUUUUGAUUAUCGAGUUGAUGAUUCGCUUGAAAAAUUUGUUCAAUCGGAUUUUUUUUUAUUCUCGAAGAAUUUACAUUAGUGUGGUAGGCCCACAAUAAUAAAUAAUUGAUAAAAUAGCGGAAGUGAACUCGAACAAAAAGAAGAAACCUUGUGAUUUAAUUGAAAUGUUGAAGCAGAAGUAGAAACAUUGAAAUCUGUAUAUUUUAAUGGAGUUGGAAGGAGGCUUCAGAGUUGCGGUGAAAAAUAAUGAAUAAUAAAAAUAUAAAUUGUCAAUAAUUAUUUUUCUUAUUUAUUUCAAAAGAUGUGCAUUUUAUUUUCUCCUCAUAUUUCGUUCCAUUCCUCUUUCAGUUCUUCAAACAUUCUUUUUUUAAGAGUAAUUAUUUACAAUGGUUCUUUGAAUACUUUUUGUCAUUACUGAUGUGCAAUUGAAUUGGAUUCCAAUUUUGGGAUUAAUUCAGUGGGAAAAUUAAAUUUUUUAUAACUGUACGUCAAUUUGAAAAAAACAAUAUCUCGAUAAUUUUUUUUACAGAAUUUAAUUUUCGUCAAAAAUUUAUUUUGACGAUUUAAAAACUAGGUAUUAACAGAAAGUAGGGUUUGGAAUAGAAUUCUAAUAAUGAGACAAUUCUGCACAGACUUGAGUAAUUCAUAUAAACCUUAAAAUCAGAGGAUUCCAACAAAUACUUCGAUUUUUUCGAUUGUCCCAUCCAUCAAUAAUCUUCAUUAAUUCAAAUACUGAAAAAUAUAACUUGGCAAUAGAUUACACAUACAUUCAGACAUCGCAAGUCACUUUAGCAUUUUAGCCGGUCCUUAUUUUUCUUUCUUUUUACAUUGAUUCAUACUGAGGACAGAGGCGAUAAGGCACAGUUAUCAUCUGCGGGAGGAAAAGUCAAUUCUUUCACUCUCUCGUAGUUUUUUUCUUCCACUUCUUCAUUUUUACUCUCUUAAUUUCUUUAAAUAUUGAAGGCGCAAGACGCACACGUGUGUACAUUAUUUACAAGUCAAAGAUUACAUAGAAAAUAAUAGGUAAUUCAAUAGUGAAAUGAUAGAGAACAGGAGAUGAGAGCAUUUGAUGGUCCAAAAUCUGAUGGAAGAUCAUUUCGUAAUAGCCAUGGGUACAUAUAAAUACUUAUUCAUUUUAAAUACCGAUUUGGAUACUGAAUACCAAAGUAGUUCGUAUUUAGGAGAUGUCCAAAUCCUGAAUAUCUAAAUAUUUUCUAUUCAGGAAAGAACAAAAUACUAAUCACAUGUGGAUUUAGUACUCAAAACAUUGGAAAAUAUUAAGUACACAAACAGUUCCCUUAGUUGUUGCAAUUAAUUUCCUUCCAGUCACCCUUAAUCCUUAACUCGAUUUAAAAAAAAAGAAUUAUUUUUUCUUCGACCGCCCAUAGACAAAAAUUAAUACGAAAUAUAUAAUUUUUAUAGUGGUAAGUUUUAUGGUUCGUAUUGGAUUUUUAAUGACUGAAAGCCAAUCAAUUUUUAUCGGGAAAUUGUGAAUUUUUCACGAGUAUCAUGACUAUUUUGAUUACUAUUACACUACCUGUGAAAAUUCGCGGAUAACUCACGUAUAAUAAAAUAUAGGAACGCACAAGUUGAUGAAUGUCAUUUUAAUGGAUGUGAUAACAAACUUCGUCCUUGACUCCGUCAGUAAACCUCACAUUCGCUAAACAAUACAUUUACCAGUUAGUGCAGUAAUAUAUUAUUAUUCCACUAGCUAAAAAAAUGCUUGAGACCGAAAAUGCAAGGACGCACUUGAAGAACACAUUUUUGGGCGAUAAUAAAUAUUUACGUAUCAUAUUACUCUGCAUCAUCUGAUUUAAACUUUCAGUGUCAAUUGUUCAAAUAUCUCCAAGGAAAUUUGAUAAAAUCACUUUAAAAAAUCAUGAAAAUUGAAUUUUCCAAUACCCUGUUGCAACUGAUUGCAUUUACAUUCUAUUCAAUAACUUUUUACAUUUUUUGUCGUUCGAUUUUCUAGGUUUUGGGAAAUAUCGUAAAUUACGCAGCAAAUUACAUUUUUUACGGCCAGUUCUACGAACAAUUUGAUGACAUUCGGUAUAUAAUAAAUGUACGAGUACCAAAUACUUCUACAUUUAAUAUUUUGAGAAGUAAUGGAUAUUCAAUAUUUUCAUAAACAGUCCUGACUGACGAAAAAAAAACUGUUAAUACCUGAAUACUUGUUUAUUUAGCAUUUUCUAAAUCAACUGUUGCUCAUCACUGUUCCACGAAUAUAAUUUAAAACAUGAUUAUUAGAGAAAUUGAUAGAACGAUAUAUCCCGAUAGGAAUUAUUUCAAUUCCAUUCCAUUACAUGA